CCGACGGCUGCCGAUGUUGAACAGCCGGCAUGCCGCGCAAGAGCUCAGCAUGCGGGUUGUACGGCUAGCCGUUCGCUCUGCAGCGGAGCAUGCGGCCAGGCGGCGGCAGCUAGAGGGGCAGGAGCAGCCGGGACACGGCUGCGGCUGCGGCAGCUUAAGUCGCCACCAGCAGGAGCAGCCGCAGGAGCAGCAGCAGGCGGGAGGGCCCGGAAGCAGCAGCGACGCUGCUCACCAUGAGGCCCCACAGGAGCAGCAGCCGCAGCAGCCACUGGCGCUGCUUAUGGCGGAAGAGGAAUGUGCUGACAUGGCCUUUGAAGCUCUUUCCUGGGCCUUCAACUGUGCCAGCUGGCCCAUCAGGCCGCAGGACAGCCGUACGGACACCGGCUCGGGCCGCAUCCUCGACGCCAGCGCUGUUGCAGUUGCCACCAUGUGGUGGGGCACCGCGGCGCCGGCCUUGACAAUGGCGAUGCGUCACUUUGAGGAAGGUCCCGGGGAAUUCCAACGGACGGUGCUGGUGCAGCUCUUGGUGUUGGAGGUUCCCAUGAUGCCAGGGUCUAUCGCCCAGCUCCCGUCCUCACCGCCGCCCAACCUAGCCGCCGCUCUGGCUGCUGGCUACAUCCCACUCCUGGAGCUGGUUCUGCGAAUGUACGGCCGGACGGAGGAUUUUGACCCGUUCAGUGGGUUGGAAGUGCUCUCCUCCCGCACUCUAGGCGGGCCUCGGCUGCCCUGGCUGCUGGCGUACGGCAAACCACGUGACGCUGCGUCGCUGCUCGCUACAGUCACCAAAGCAGUGCAGCGCUUCACGGUUAGCAGAAACGUUGGGAUGACACACCCAAUGGCACGGACCCUGAUCCACCUGUUUCGCGACCUGCUUUGCCUGCUGUCUAGCGGCCAGAUGGCCGUCGGUUGUGGCAGCGCGGACCAGAGUGGCAGCGGUAGCGGUGGCAACAGCGACAGCAGCGAUGCAGCAGCCGGCAUCAGCACCGGCAGCACAAGCAACUGCGUCAGCGCUGCAGGUGUAGACAGGAGCAGCGUCGCCGGCGACAAACCGCCCAUUCAGCAGCUGCUGGCACUGGCUGCGCGUGCUGUCCAGAUUUGGCUGCCCCUCCUAGGACGCAUCUUCCUCAAGACUCCUGUGGUUGCUGGUCGUUGGGCAGCCCUGCCCACCCUUUUCAUGGCAUGUGUGUGCGCACUGGCGCAUGCCGCCGUCAAUCAGGACCGGGCGGUGGUGAAGGAAGAAGAGAUGGAGGACAGCCCAGUUGGGGAGGCGCCGAAGGCCAUUGCUGCUACCGGCAACACCGCACACAGAGACGACGACGUCAGCGGCCGUAUUUGCUGGCGACAGGUGCUGCUGCGAGACACCGGCGCAAUCCAGCUGGUGGGCGCGGUGCUGCGGGUGUUGCUGGCGAUGCCUAAGGGAAUGGCGCGGUAUGAGGAGUACCUUGACCAGCUGCAAGAGGUUGCAGCAACGCUGGAAUGCCUGGCGGCGGCGUUUCCGGAGGAGGUGGCGGCGGCGUUGCGUGAUGGCACGCUACCGGGGCCGCAGGAGGUGGCCGUGUUGGGCGAUUCUGCAUCCGGCACGCAGCAGGGCAGGCUACAGGACCUGCAGCGGCGGCUGAUGGUGACAUUGGAGGGGCUGCGCUCGGGCACGUCGCUCGCCAACAGCCACCCAGCCGAACUGCCGGACGGCAUUAAGGUCAAGCAGGCAACCUCUAGCGAGCUGGGAGCUUUGUUUGCGGAGGCGGCAGCGCAGUGGGAGAUGCAGGUGUUGGCAGCAGUGACCCACGGGUCGCCGCUGCUAGUGCGCGACCGGUGCGCCAAUCCCUGCUGCGACAGCCUGGCGGGCGAGAGUGAGGCGGAGCUGCCGCUGCCCAAGGUGUGCAGGUCCUGCCGGAAG